AUGGAGAGCGGGCUUCAAAGCGAUCUGGGAAGACGGAGGGGCAGCUUUCCGGCCUCCGUAAAUGGACAAGGGGGGUUAGCGCAGGGAGAGCGCGCUCUCUCGCCACAUUUGCCUGAGGAGGUCAUGCGAGAGGAGGUCAUGCGAGUGGAGGUCAUGCGAGUGGAGGUCAUGCGAGUGGAGGUCAUGCUAGUGAAGGUCAUGCGAGUGGAGGUGAUGCGAGUGGAGGUCAUGCGAGUGGAGGUCAUGCGAGUGGAGGUGAUGCGAGUGGAGGUCAUGCGAGUGGAGGUCAUGCGAGUGGAGGUCAUGCGAGUCGAGGUCAUGCGAGUCAAGGUCGAUCUUGUGAGGCGAUGCUCUGAUUGUCAAUGA